AUGCAGACCAUUAAGUGUGUAGUUGUUGGUGAUGGUGCUAUUGGUAAAACCUGUAUGCUGGUUUCAUACACAGCAAACAAGUUUCCUACUGUACCAACUGUGUUUGACAAUUACGCAGUGACAGUAAUACCGUACACGCUAGGUUUGUUCGACACUGCUGGUCAGACAGAUUUACGAAAUGACACAUCCGCGCUGACCAGACUGGCUGGUCUCAGACAGAAACCUGUGAUGUCAGCCCAAGGUGAAAACCUAGCAAGAGAUCUAAAGGCUGUGUCAUACGUAGAAUGUUCCGCAUUAACACAGAGAGGAUUGAAAAAUGUGAUUGAUAAAGCUAUACUGACCGCCUUGGAAUCCCCGAAAUUAAAACGCCACACAGUGAAAUGUGUCUUGCUCUGAACUGAUUUAUGUUGUUGAUAUAACGGGUGGAUUGUUGUUACUUUUGCGAAAGGGGCGGAUCCCCUAUAGGUAUAUUUGUGUACUCCAUACAGUGAUGCAGAUCUUUCAAGAGAGAAAUACAUGGCAGCAGAAAAAUAUAUAUUUUACACCAUAUACAUUUGUUACAUUCUUCUUUUAGAGUGCAUACUACCAAAUCAAACCCCACAGACGACAAUAGUAACAUGUGCGGCUAAAACUCCUACCUGCAGCGUAUCA